AACAAAGAGACCUGAUGGAAGACCAUGAGGAGAGGGAAGAACUGAGUGAAGCGGAGGAGAAACAACAUCAUGUCAAAACCGGUGAAAAAUCUUUGAGUCACUCACAGACUGAAAGUAAUUUAUUGAAAAGAAGAGCCAAAAAAAAAUCUGUCACCUGCCCUCAGUGUGGGAAGAGUUACGCAGUAAAAGGAACCCUUAGGGAUCACAUGAAAAUCCACACUGGAAAGAAGCCGUACAAAUGUGAUCAGUGUGGAAAGAGUUUCACAUUAAAAGGAACCCUUAGGGAUCACAUGAAAAUCCACACUGGAGAGAAGCCGUACUCAUGUGAUCAGUGUGGAAAGAGUUUCACAUUAAAAGGAACCCUUAGGGAUCACAUGAAAAUCCACACUGGAGAGAAGCCGUACUCAUGUGAUCAGUGUGGAAAGAGUUUCACAUUAAAAGGAACCCUUAGUGAUCACAUGAAAAUCCACACUGGAGAGAAGCCGUACUCAUGUGAUCAGUGUGGGAUGAGUUUCACAUUUAAAGGAUCCCUUAAGGAACACAUGACAAUCCACACUGGAGAGAAGCCGCACACGUGUGAUCAAUGUGGGAGGAGUUUCAGAAAAGCAUGCACUUUGAAAAUACACCUGCGUUGUCAUUCUGGAGAAAGACCGUUUACCUGUGAUCAGUGUGGUAAAAGAUUUUUUAGGAGAGAUGCGCUGAAGGACCACAUGAAAGUUCACACACAGGAGAAGCCUUACACAUGUCCUUUGUGUGGAAAGAGUUUUAGUCAGAUGAGUUCUCUAAAUGUACACCAGAAAAGACACAAUGGUGUGAAGAAUCACAUGUGCUUUGAUUGUGGGAAGACUUUUGUUAGAGAUGCUGAACUGAAAAAGCACCAGAGAAUUCACACUGGAGAAAAACCUUACAAGUGUUCAUACUGUGACAAGAGAUUCACAUGUUCAGUAUAUCUGAAAACACAUGAGAGGAUCCACACUGGAGUGAAACCUUACAAGUGUUCAUACUGUGACAAGAGAUUCAAAUGUUCAGGAUCUCUGAAAUCACAUGAGAGGGUCCACACUGGAGAGAAACCGUAUCACUGCCCUCCGUGUGGGAAGAGUUUCGCUCAUUCAUCUUCUCUUCUCAAUCAUACAAAAAAAUGUUUGAAAUCAAGAAAUCAUGUCUGA